AUGAUAAAGCUUUGGAGAUGGUACCAGCGAUGCCUGACGGUUCACCCACUGAAAACUCAGGUCAUCAGCUCCGGCUUUCUUUGGGGAUUUGGCGAUGUCACCGCUCAAUACAUCACUCACUCCACUGCGAAACCUCGUCUCCUUCGUCUCUCCGAGAAAGAUAAAGACGCAGAUGCAGAAUUCAAGGUCAACUGGAAGCGAGUAGCUAUCACCGGCAUGUUCGGGCUCGGUUUCGUCGGACCUAUUGGCCACUUCUGGUACGAAGGCCUGGAUAAAUUCAUAAAGCUGAAGCUUCGAUACGUACCAAAGUCAACCAAAUUCGUGGCAGCCAAAGUUGCAAUGGACGGACUCAUCUUCGGCCCCAUAGAUCUCCUGGUCUUCUUCACGUACAUGGGAUUCGCCACGGGCAAGAACACAGCCGAAGUGAAAGAAGGACUCAAGAGGGAUUUUCUUCCGGCGUUAGCUCUCGAAGGCGGAGCAUGGCCGCUUCUCCAGAUCGCAAACUUCAGAUACGUCCCCGUGCAGUACCAGCUCCUCUACGUCAACAUCUUCUGCCUUAUAGACAGCGCUUUCCUCUCGUGGGUCGAGCAACAGAAGGAUGCAGCUUGGAAGCAAUGGUUCACUACUUCGUUUCUAACCUUGAAAGAACGAGGCGGCACAGGUGGAGUAUGA